UACAUUUAAAUUGCCAGAUGUUAAUUGGUCUAUUCGAGCGGUGUAUGAAGCGACGUGGGGUUAAGGAAGCUGAUCCGUACGACUGGGAAAAAGUAGAUACAGCCGCAGUUGGCAACAUAAACUCUUCGGCAAAUGCCACUUUGCCUCCGGCUAAGAACGAGUAUAUGCACGGAAAUGUAACACAAAUGACGGUGGCUGCCUCUAAUGCCAGCGGCACAGAUUAUGUGCGCAAGAGAAACGAUAUGGACACUGCUCAGAUGGCCUCGACGGAGCCACUGCAUAUAAAGGAAAAGGUAAAAUGGAACCCACUUCAAAUUGGGACUGGGACAACACUGCUCAGGCUUUUCUAUUUCCCAAUUUUCCUGUCUCGCUAA